GAGGUGCAGUGAAGUGAAGACAUGAGAGUGUCUGGUGUCCUAAGGGAGACCAAGGCCUAACCACACAGCCACGCUUCCAUCAUCAGUGAACCCCCUUCAGAUGAAAGUCAAAGCCUGGUAAGCACAAUUACAGGGGAGAAGUCUAGUCAGCAUAGUCAAGUCUGUCAAUCUAAAGUCAGCGUGGGACUUCAUAAUUGAGUCCAAGUCCACUACAAGCCCCACUGAGCCAGAAAGUCACUGGUCAUCUCCUUGGGCCUAACUGAACUGUAAAGACUUUAACAUCUGUCUGCCUCAGUAAAGCUGCCGUUGUUUUGUAACCUUGAAUUGGCCAAGGUCCCGCUCUAGUUAGCAGACUGAUCUACAAAUCGUGGGAUACGCAUCUGGAUGUGCCAGUAGGAAUGCAUCUCAGAAGGGCAAUGGUGUAGAAUCCUGUGCCAUUCUACAAAAAGUUACCUCAGUAAAAUUGGAAGAUCCUGAACAGUGAGUACUAUUUUGGCGUUGUACUAGAGAAGCUCAAUAUACUUAGAGACAAUUACCUGUGCAGAACAAGUCAAGCUAUCACCAUUGGCACCUACAAGAAGUCAUGGGAUAGAAUCGACCUCUGAGUCAGACACUGAGAAGAAAGGCAAGUCUACCGUGUGAAUAUGAACAAGAUGAAAAAUUUCACGCGACGGUUCUCCCUUUCUGUUCCCCGAACUGAGACAAUAGAAGAAUCUAUCACUGAAUUCACAGAGCAGUACAACCAGAAGAACAGUCGACAUAGUGCAGGUCUUGGACAUUCCCAUCUACAACUGCCUCACUUGAGCCCAGGAAAUCCUGCUCUAUCCCCAUCAGAUGGAGAAGGCUUGUCUCCCACCGAGCUGCGUUACAGGAAUGCAGGACACAGACGUCUGUCCAUGGAUCAUGUGGGUAAACCAUUCUCUCUACCCGUGGGCCUCCCACUACCGCCAGAGCUCCUUGACAAAUUACAAAUAAAUAGUCCAGAAGACUUUCCAAAGCAAGAAAGCCGAAUAUCAAGAAGAGCGUCCUUGUCAGAUAUUGGAUUUGGAAAACUGGAAACAUAUGUGAAGCUGGAUAAACUAGGAGAGGGUACAUAUGCCACUGUGUUCAAGGGACGAAGCAAGCUCACAGAUAAUUUAGUAGCCCUAAAGGAAAUCAGAUUGGAGCACGAAGAAGGGGCACCUUGCACGGCGAUAAGAGAAGUAUCGCUUCUGAAGGACCUGAAACAUGUUAAUAUUGUAACACUACAUGACAUUAUCCACACAGAAUAUUCUCUAACAUUGGUCUUUGAGUACCUAGAUAGUGACCUAAAACAGUACUUGGACAACUGUGGCAAUCUGAUGUGUAUGCACAAUGUCAAGAUUUUCAUGUUUCAGCUACUUCGAGGCCUCUCAUACUGUCAUCGUAAAAAGAUCUUGCACAGAGACCUUAAGCCACAGAAUCUAUUAAUCAAUGAAAAGGGAGAGCUGAAGCUGGCAGACUUUGGUCUUGCUAGAGCAAAAUCUGUACCCACCAAAACCUACUCCAAUGAAGUGGUGACACUAUGGUACCGACCACCAGAUGUUCUGCUGGGAUCUACAGAGUAUGGUACGCCUAUAGACAUGUGGGGAGUGGGUUGCAUUUUGUAUGAAAUGUCCACUGGACGACCCAUGUUUCCUGGUUCUACAGUUAAGGAAGAGCUACAUUUAAUCUUUAGGCUUCUUGGAACCCCCACUGAAGAGAUGUGGCCUGGUAUAUCUUCCAAUAAAGAGUUUAAGGCUUAUAGUUUUCCGCAGUACCGUGCACAACCACUGAAAAGCCACACGCCUCGGUUGGAUUCUGAUGGCAUUGAAUUAUUGUACAGCCUCCUGUUGUAUGAGGACAAGAAGAGGAUAUCAGCAGAUGACGCUCUUCGACACCCCUACUUCAAAUCCUUUGGAGAGAGUGUGCUUACACUGCCAGACAAUAUCUCAAUCUUUACUCUAAAGGAUAUCCAGCUUCAAAAAGACCCUGGCCACCGUGGCUCCAUCUUCCAUCAGACAGGUCGCGGAAAAACCAGACGACAGAGUAUAUUUUAAAGCAACUUUUGCACACUGGGUAACAUCCAUUCUCCACUGCCAGAGACUCCUGCAGUAAUAAAAAGCUAUGAGUAUUAACAUUACCUUACUAGUCUGCAGUGAGCCUUGUGCCAAAUGUACUAUUAUUUGUGUAUCAAUGCUUGGUACAAGGACAUGUGUAAUAGAAGUGAUUACUCUAAUAGAUCCCAUCUGCGCCUUAUUAGCCCCUUUGAUAAGGAAAGAUUAACUGAAAUGUUUAAAAAAAAAAGUCAUGGAUUUGCUUCAUCUUAUCACACAGUCAUUUUAUAUGUCUUGGUUAACCUAUGCUGAAAAGGUGCAGAGAACUCUGAAUUCCAAAUUACAUGGGUAAAAACAUCAGUUCAUACCAAAAUUGUCCCUGCAUGCCAGUGGUUU